AAGUAAUAAAUAUUAGUAAUGAUUGUACUGUACAUGUAAAUGAAUAAAUAAACACAUACUUACUGGUGUAUAAUUAGGAUGAAGAAACCAAAGAAUUGAGAAGGAAAAUAGAAGAGCAGAAAAAAUUACGUGAAGAAAUUCUUCGUCGUAAAGAAGAAAGACGUCGUAUGAUGGCAACACAAAGAAUGAAAGAAUUGCAGCAACGCCUAAAAGAGCAAAAACAACAGCAGCAGCAACAGCAACCACAACAACAACAACAACAACAACAGUUGCAGCAGCAGCCACAGCCACAACUGCUGCAGCACCAGAAACCAGUUGAAAACAAAAAUGCAAUAUCAGAAAAUACAAAAGAGCAAACAAAAUUAACAGUUAAACAAAGAAUUGGCAUUUUUAAUAUAAUGAAACAAACACCAAAUUUUGCUCCCAAAUUGAAAAAAGUCGUCGUUUUAAGGAAAAAAUUUCAGCAAUUGGGCCAAAAUACACAAAAGAAUCCAGUGAUUAUACAGACAAAAGCUCAACAAAACACCCCAAUUCAGUCGAUGCAAGCUAACAUAAUGCAACAAAGGAUACAGAAUCCUCAGAAUAGGACUGUCGCACCUCCUGGUACAAAAAUAAAUCAGAUUAAUACUAUUAAGAAAAAAAUUCCUGUUACAAAAGAUCAAAGGAUAGUCAUACCAAGAGGACAAGCUCCACAGACUCAGCGACAGGUGAUUCAAGUUAACACCAAUGGAGGAAAUACAACUACUAGAAAGGUUUUGACUCCAAAUUGUAAUAGAAAUGCAGUACGUAUGCAGCGUAUGGUAAAUUUAAUAGGGACCGAAGGACAAGGUGAUGCACCUUCUGCACAACAGCGGAAUUUAUUAACUCAAAAGACACAGACGGUACUGAUUGAAAAUUUGACGGCUUCUACUAACGAAGCGCAACUCUCAAAACUUUGCUCUUCAGUCGGUCCUGUCGAGAGUAUUCAGUUACAAAGAAAGGACAGGAAAGCUGUUAUAAAAUUUAAAGAUCCAGUUCAUGCCUCUAAUUUUCAGAAAAAAUAUCAGAGGCACAUGCUAGAUUUGUCAAUGAUCCAAGUAUCUUUGUACCCUGCUUAAAAGAUAUUGUAUAUGAAUACAUGUUUUUCAUAGAAAUAAGAAUAAUCGCAGGUAGGAGCCGUAUUUCUAUAAAAUCGUCAUCAACUCAAAUUUGUUCGUGUGAUUCCUAGAAGAUGCAUUGCAAAUAAUGUUUCAAGACAAGUGAACUAUCGCAAUGACCGAGUCAUAACGAUUAAAAAAACAAACGUUAUAACUAGUUAUCAUCAUCUAGCAUGAACAUUUAUACAAACAUUCUUUCCAAUUAACCAAUAUACAGAAUAUUGCUGUUGCUAUAGGACCAGUUUUAAUCUUUGAUUUUGUUUGAUUUCAGUAUGUUGUACAAUGAAAUUCUUAGAACAAAUUACAUAUACUAGUUUAAGUAAAUUAAACAAAGUUUAUUUGCAAGAAUUAUAUUGACUUUAUAAAAGUUUCUACCAAUAAUUUUGAUGUACAGUACAUACAAGUAAAAUAUUGGCAGUAAA